AUGGUUUACUACCUAGGCGGGCCACAUGGGCUAGCCCAACUCUUACACUUGUUUCAGAUACAUCAGACGGCGUUGAGGUCCGGUCACAGAUCCCGCCGUCUCUCUCGUCGUCUUCUUCGUCUUUCCGUUGGUCGUUUCUAGUUUUCUUCGUCGUAUUCUUUCACAUUUCACUCCCCAAUUCCGAAAUUCCUUUCCUACCAUCAUCAUCUUCUUCUUCUCUGGCAACGCCGUCUUUUUCUCUCCGGUGUUUGGCGUCGUCCUCCAAGACAGGACAGCUUCACCGUCGUCGUCUCAUUUUCUUCUUCUACAGUUUCUUCGGAGGCUUUGUAGACAGCCAUGGUGGUUAGAUUGCUCCUCCGACGUCUCUCCAAUUGUCCACCGCCACCGAUCAACAAAUUUCUGAACCUCAAGCCUUUCUCCUCUCAUCCAAUCGCCGCCGAGCCGCAGCAAUUUGGCCACCAACACCUCGUCAACGAGCUCUCACGCAUCCUCAGCGACUACAGAAACCCCCAAAAUGACAUCGAAUCGGCUCUCACCCCCUUCGCUUCAACCAUCUCAGCUGAUGUCGUCGAACAAGUCCUGAAAAGGUGCAAAAAUCUUGGCUUCUCCGCCCACCGAUUCUUCCUCUGGGCUGAGAAAAUCUCCGGCUUCCGUCACAGCAAUGAUAGUCAUCGAAUUCUCAUUGACAUCUUAGGCAGCAGCCGCCAGUUCCCUAUACUUUGGGAUUUCUUACUCUCGAUAAAGAACACCAGAUCCUUGGAAAUCAGUCGAGACAUCUUCUGGAUAAUUUUUAGGGCUUACAGCAAGGCUAAUUUACCGGCGGAUGCUGUCAGAGCUUUCAAUCGGAUGUCGGAUUUCGGAAUCAAACCUAGCGUGGAUGAUCUCGACCAGCUCCUCUACACACUCUGCAAGCGAAAGCAUGUCCGCAUUGCUCAGGAACUAUUCGACCGCGUCAAGGUUGCCAAUCUCAAUCCAACGGUGAAGACUUACAGCAUUCUGAUCAACGGUUGGGGAGAAAUUGCCGACUCUAAUAGUGCACACCACCUGUUCGACGAAAUGCGUGAACGAGGUUACGCUUUAGAUUUGCCUGCCUGGAAUAGUCUAAUGGUAGCUUUGUGUAAAUCCCGGCGUGUUGACGAGGCUUAUCGAUUGUUCGAGCAUAUGCAGCGUGAUGGGCCUCAUCCGGACGCACAUUCCUACUCGAUUUUCAUCCAUGCAUCUUGCGAAUCCGACGAUCUCCAUUCGGCAUUUAGGAUCCUUGAAUCGAUGAAACGGCGCAGUCUCGUCCCCAUUGUGUUCACUUACAACUGCAUUAUCAAGAAGCUUUGCAAGAACGAUCAGAUCGAAGAGGCGUACGCCCUUUUGGAUGAGAUGAUCGGGCAAGGGGCGCGGCCUGAUGCGUGGACUUACAACACUAUUCUAUCUUACCAUUGCGAUCGAAAUGAAGUCAACCGGGCCCUUAAAUUGAUGAAGAGGAUGGAUUUAGAUUCAUGCCGACGGGACAAGCACACGUACAACAUGGUGCUCAAAAUGCUGAUCAGAAUCGGGAGGUUUGACACAGUCGAGAAGGUUUGGAAUUCGAUGGAAGAGAGGGGGUUCCAUCCCGUGGUGUCGACUUAUGCCGUCAUGGUUCAUGGGCUAUGUAAGAAGCGAGUGAAGGUCGAAGAAGUUUGUAAGUAUUUCGAGAUGAUGAUUGAUGAUGGGAUACCGCCUUAUGACUCGACAUGUGAAGUGUUGAGGAAGAAAUUGAUCGGCUUACGCUAUGCAGAGCUCGUCGACGUUCUUGCUGAUAAGAUGGGUCGGAGCAGCUCCCGACCAAUGCAGGAGGCGGCAAAAUUGAUGAGGGGCAAUAGGCGUAACAUAGGAUCGAAAAGCCACAAAGAUUUCUCCGAUGAAAGCGAUGGUUCUCUUGAUUUAAGUUAUUAGUGUGAUCUACAAAUGAGUCGAUACGCGACACUUUUAGACGAUCGAUUUUGUGUUCAAGCGAAAAGCAGUUAAAGUUCAACUCAAAUUGGAUCUAACUCGAGCUCGAGAUGAGAGAAUCGAUUCAUAACUAUUCUAAUGCUCUCUCUGUCCGACUCUAAGGGUCUCAUUUACUUUUUACGUUAUUGUAUUUAAUAUUAAAAAUAUUUUUAUAUUUGUAUAAUUUUGUAUACAAAUGUCAUUAUAAUUGUAUUGUAAGACACUAAUAUAAGUAUUUU